AUGCUCGGGCCCUGCCUCGCCUGCGGCAGGGCCAGCGAGGCGCUGUGCUCGCGAUGCCGCGCGGCCGCCUACUGCGGCCCGGGGUGCCAGCGUGCCGACUGGAAGCGGCACAGGCCGCUCUGCACCGGGGCGCCAGCCCGAGCCGUGGCGUCUUCGGGCGCAUUUGGCGACGGACGCGCCACCAGCGUGGAGGAGGACCGGCUGCCUGCCGCAGACCUGCCUCCGCCAGUGCCAGAGCAGCUGCCGAAUGCCGCGGCCCACGGCGGCGACGGGGCCGCGGCCGCGGCCGCGAGGCUAUCGGGCGAGGGCCGGUACGCAGAGGCGGCGGCCAAGCUGCACGAGGCCAUCCAGGCGGAGGGGGACCCUGCGCGCAGCCUGCAGAAGCCGCGCGAACCUGGGGUGCACCUUCAACAGGCUCGGCCGCCACGCCGAGGCGGCGCUCCUCCUCGAGGACGCGCUGGCGCGCCUGCCGCGGGCCGCCCCGGCGGGCGCGGCAUGGCGGAGCCUCGCGGGGCUGGAGGUGGCGAUCCGCGUGAACCUGGCAUGUGCGCUGCGGGUGCGCGACCCGCGCGCCGCGGCCGUCCACCUGGCCGCCGCGCUCGCGCUGGACCCGGGCUGCAGCGAGGCGCGCCUCCGCAUGGCCGAGCUGUCGGCGGACGCCGGCGACGCGGAGGGCGCUCUGGCGCGGCUCGCCCCGGCGCUGGCGGCGGGGGGCGACGACCUGGGCUGCCUGGGCCUCGCGUGCCGCUGCUUGGAGGACCGGACUUGGGCAGGCACGAGGAGGCCAUGCGGAUGUGCGAGCGCGUUUGCCGCGCGGACGUCGCCUCCACCUACGCCGCCCUGAGGGAGGUGUUCCGCUGCAGGGCGGGGGACGUCUUCGUGGCCACCUACCCGCGCUGUGGCACCACCUGGAUGGUGCAGGUGUGCACCUGCGUGCUGCACGGCGCGGAGGCAGACCGCACCCGGCACGCCGUCUUCCUGGAGGGCGCCAUCGCGGCCUCCGCCUCGUCGCUCUGGACGGUAGAGGGCCUGGCCGCUCCAAGGAUCAUCAAGACGCACGCGCCCGCAGACUCUCACGCGGGGCUGCGGCGGCGAACCGUCGACGUGCUCCAGGACCACGGAAAGGUCAUUUACGUGGUGCGCAAUCCGAAGGACACGCUGUCGCUGCGGCAUCACCACAGCAGCCACCCGGGCAUCCGCUUCGAGGGCAGCUGGGACGACUGGGUGGACGGGUGGCUCCGAGGCGAGCGGUCCAUGGAGUACGGCGGCACGUACUUCGACCACGUCCGCGGCUGGUGGCAUCUGCACAGGCGGCACCCAUCGACAGAGUGCACCUCGUCUACUUCGAGGACAUGA